AUGGAAGGUAAAAUUUGGGGCACAAAUAUAUACUCUCCUUCUUUCUACUCUAUGCAAAGCGGCCAUACAUUCUGGAGUCUGAUCAAAUCAAGGGGGCUAGUCGACAUGGCUGUUGGGUCCGCUGUGGAUAAAUUCACGGGCGCUACGCAAAACGGAAUUGAGUCCCAUUCAUCCGAUAGGCUAACACGCUCCUUAACAUUUUCCACCCACGCCAAGUAG